AUGAGUUGUAAUGAUGAUAAUGAUGAUGAAGACCAUCAAGGAACCAAGGAGAAUAUUCUUCACGAAGAACAUAACACAUCACCUUCCUCAUCAUCAUCUUCACCAUCUCCCGAAUUCUCUUUCACCGUCUAUCUCUGGAAUUGUAGUUCAUCUUCAUAUAUUCUCCUCUCUCCGAACGUUAAGACCAAAUCUAUCGUUGUGGAUAUGUCUCCUGCAGAUGAUAUCUUCUUCCAAAGCCACUUGCUUCCCCGUCAAAUCUUAUCUCAUCUCCCCAUCUCUCCUCGCUGCUCUGCUCAUUCCCGCGACGCUUCAACCCUUCCAAAAGAGAGAUUAAACGGCGACAAAAAUACCCAAGAACGUGAAAAGAACCCUUCUUGCUCUGAUGGGGACAACAUUCUUGAAAAACACGAUGGUGUUUUCGCAAGAAACGACGGGGUGAAGGCGGUAUUGAAGCGGUGCACGACAAUGGUUAAACAAACGGUUCUCUUCCAUGGAAGAAACGAUAUGAAAGCCAAGAAAACACGGUUCGAGAGGGAAGGUUAUCUCAAGCACAUCUGGAGACGAAUGGAUCUUCUAAGAGAAGUCCUCGCUUUAGACAACAACUUUAUCUUUGCGCUAAUCUUCGUCAUUGCUUCUCCCGUCGUGCUUCUACGCCUUGCUGGAGAUGGCGGUAUAUUUGGUGAUUCUUUGUCGGUUUCUCUUCUAGGAGAGUGA